UUUUUGUUAAUAACAUUUAGGAAUUAAUAUAUAGAAAUUCUCUUUUUUUCGAUUUUGGUAUCCCCACACACCAACAAAAUAAAUUUUCAAAGUUAAAAAAUAACCAAAAAAGAAAAAAUGAAAAAAAAAAUAUAAAAAUUUGGUUUGUGUGGGGAUGAAAAUAAAAAAGUACUUGGUGUUCGAAAUACUUUGAAGAUUUUACAUUACUUAAAACUUUUUUUUUUUUUGUUUUUAUUAUCAAUAAUUUACCUUCAGAUAGUGGUUGCAGCAGGUGGUAUUUUACAUACGAAAAUUUUCAUUAAAAAGAGACUUUUCUUUUGAAGUUCAAAACUGAAUAAGUAAGUUGUAACAAAAAUUUAGUGGUAGGGCUAUCCGUUCAUUUAUUCAUCCACCACCGUUUAUUGUAUGGUUAAAUUUUUAUUAUGGAAACAAAUAGGAAUUACAACCACAGACACGAUAUGAAAGCAGGCUAAAACGAUACAUUGCCGAUACUCAAGUGAUUCAGAUCAAAUUUGUUUCUUGAAUCGAAUGGACAUUUUAUAUUUUGUUUAAAUUGAAUCGGUGAGGUCAAAAAGGCUUAUACAACAAAAAAUAAUGAAAACUGAACAAUUAGUAAAAACAAAUUCAAUUUAAUGUCAGUGUUUUUCGUUUAUUCAAAAAAAAAAAAAAAGCGGAUUAAUAAUUUUGUGCUUUUUUUUCCUCUCGAUUUGUGCUGGUUGUAGAUUUAUUUUUAAAUGAAGGUUACUCAAAAGAAAAUAGUGAAAGUGUUUAAAUUAUAAAUAAUUAAAUGUUAAAAAAAAAAGAGUAAUUUUCAAUUUAUGAAUUAUUUUAAUUACAACAAUAAUUUAUACUAAUGAAUAAAAGUAAUAAAGUUCCCAAUUUCCUAUACUUUAACAUUAUGAAAAUAUAUUUUGGUUAUUCAAUCAAAAUUUAAUAAUCCUAGAAUUGAUGACCCUCAUAAGAUAUUUUUCUUCAAAUUAUUGUACCUUUUAUAUGCAUGUGUGUUUUAAUAUAAUUUCAUCAAUAAAAUCAAUUCAAAAAGGUUUUCUUAUUUGAAAAAGAUAAAUACAAAAAAAAAGAAAAAUUACAAAAAUGGCAUGUUUAGGAAAUUCUAGAUUUUAUACAAGGGUUGUUCAACCAGAGAAAUUAUGUCAAAUAAUAUUAAAUAAUACAAAUAAAAAUGUAGUAGCUGUUGGUUCAUCUAAUAUUGGAUUACCUUAUAAAAAAAUAUAUAAUAAUAACGAUUAUAAUCUAAAAACAAAUGAAACAAUUUCCGCUUUAACAUCCUCACCAAUAUCUUCAAAAUCUACAGCAUCAAAAUUUUAUCAACAAAAGAAUUCACCAGUUAAUAAUAACGGUAUCAUUUUUGCAACAAAAUCUUCUGGUACUGGAUUAUUAUCUUAUCCGAAAAUAUCAAAACAAAAUGGAUUUAUAAGAAGUUUUUCUUUAAAAUUCAACAGUUUAGCUACAUCAUCACAUCACCAUUUACCUUCUAGAAUAGCAGUAACAGAGCAAAAUGAAAAUAACAGUAAUAAUACCAAUAAUAGUAUAAGAGGUUAUAGUUCAGUACAUACACAACAGCCAGCUGGUCCAGUUAGAGAAAUUCAAAUUGAUCCAUAUAGUUUAAUUGACGAUGACUUAAAGUUUUUUUAUAAAAAUAUUCGAAAUGUUUUACAGAAAGGUACAAAUCAAGUUGAAUUAGAGAGAAUCGCAUCAUAUUAUUUUGAUGGUUUAGGUAAAGCUUUCCGACCGAUGUUAGUUAUGUUAAUGGCCAGAUCAAUAAACUAUCAUAUGAACACAGAAUCAAGUCAUCUUUUGGAAAGACAAAGAACUGUUGCACUAUUCGCAGAAAUGAUUCAUUCAGCUAGUUUAGUACAUGAUGAUGUAAUAGAUCAAUCAGAUUUUCGUAGGGGAAAACCUAGUGUAAAUGCCAUUUGGAGUCAUAAAAAGGUUACAAUGGCGGGAGAUUAUAUUUUAUCAGUGGCUUCUAUUCUUAUUUCAAGGUUAAACAAUAAUGAAGUUACUUUAGCAUUACAACAGAUUUCAACAGAUUUAGUUCAAGGUGAAUUUAUGCAACUUGGUGCAAAGGAAACAGAAAAUGAACGAUUUGCGCAUUAUCUUUCAAAAACAUAUAAAAAAACAGCUUCUUUGAUUGCAAAUUCAUUAAAAUCGGUAGCCAUUUUAGCUGGUGCUAAUGAUGAAGUAAUCGAUAUUGCUUUUCAAUAUGGUAGAAAUAUUGGUUUAGCUUUUCAAUUAGUUGACGAUAUGUUAGAUUUUGUAUCAUCAGCGGAAGCAAUGGGUAAACCAGCAGCAGCUGAUUUAAAAUUGGGUUUAGCAACAGCACCAGUACUUUUCGCAUGCGAAAAGUAUCCCGAAUUAAAUCCAAUGAUAAUGCGUCAUUUUAAGGAGCCUGGUGAUGUUGAACGAGCAUACGAAUUAGUACACAAGUCACAAGGAUUAGAACAAACUAGAUUUUUGGCUAGAAAACAUAGUAUUGAAGGGAUUCGAUUAGCACAAGAAUUAACUGAUUCACCAUAUCAGAAAGGCUUAAUGAUAGCAUCAGAUUUAGUCAUUAAUCGAAUUAAAUAAUAUUAAAUUUGUUUUUUUUUGGAUGCAAUAAUUAAUUUAGUUUAUAUAUUUAAAAAAAAAACAUAAUAUAAUUAUUUCUAUAAUUUUUUUUUCCAAUUUCAAAAUUAAACAAAAUAUGCUUCGCUACCUUUUUCUAUUAAAUCUUGUUGUUUUCUUUUUAAUUAUGUUAUUUUUUGUUUAAUUUAAUUUUAAGUUAAUUUAACGUAUUAAAUAUAAAAUUUAAUUUAUAAUGAAAUUUUUAUCGUAAAACGAAAUCAAACCUUAAAUGUUUAAAUUAAUUUAGAUUGAAAUAUUUGAGUAACCAAACAAAAACAAAAAAUUAAAUAAAUUUAAUAUGCGUGAAAAUUUGUUAAAUUUUUUAACAAGAAUUUUUGAUUCUAGCUUGUAUAAUUUAAAAGUGCUUCCUUUACAAGAUGUGCAUAUUGGAAUUGUAGUAAUCUUGAGAUUUUAUUUUGGUUUUUAUCAAACAGAAACCCUUUAAGAAGCUUUUAUCCUUCUAUAUUUUGAAUUUUAUUCUACUUUUGUUCAGCUAAUACAACCACUUGAUUAUUUAUUGAGGCAGUUUUGCAGAAAUAUUAUCACGUUUUUAAAAAUUUCUAAUAACAAUAUUAAUUUAAGUUGUUUUAUUGUCAAAAGGUUUCAGGUACGAAUUCAAUAGUUAAUAACAAACUAAAUUCAAUUCUUUUUUUGUUUAUCAAGAUGAUAUUGACAACUCCAUCUAUCUUCUAAUUCAAGAUUACUAACAAUGACACAAGUAAUGCGGAUAAACUUUUUUUUCCAACUUUUUCUAAUUAUAAUUUAAUAAUUUUAUUAUCUCCUUAACUUUUUAUAACAUUUGUACAUAAAAUUCGGUACUAUGAUUAAUGCUUAUAAUACGUUCAAAUCGUAGGCCACAUCAAAUAAAUUAAAUUGAUUAUUAAUUUACAAAAACAUGUAAUAUAUUCGACUUUUAAUUACUUAAAUAAAAUGUUAAUUAUAAAUGUAUUUUAAAUUUAAUGUGUAAUAGAAAUACCAUAAUAAAUUGAAAAUAAAUAAAUAAAAAUUAAUUUUCAUUUUAAAAUAAAAAUUAAUCUUAGAACAACUAAAAUUAUAAUUAUUGUUAUGAAUGCAAUUAAGAAAUUAAGAAAUUAUUAUUGAUAUUGUAUAUAUUCUUGUAAUAUAUUGAGACAAAAAUCUAACAGAAAAAGAUUGUACUGUAAAAUGUAAAAUAAUAAAAAGUUAAAAUUGAACUGAGAAUGUAAAAAAUAUAAUCUAGCAUGAAAAUGGAAACAUGUAUUUAAAAUUAGAAACAAUUUAAUUUAAAAUUAAAUUUUUUGUACUUUUUAUUUUUAAAUUUAAAUUUAAAGCUUUUGACUCAAUUGAGAAUCGCUGAAUAGAGAAGACAAGCUUUUAGAAAAUAUUGCAAUAAGGCCAAAUAUUGUUGAAGUCUUUUAAUAUUUAGUAAAACACAGAAUUAUGUAUAAUUAAAUUAAAUUACCGUUCUAUUGAAAAGUUCUAUAUACAAGUUAUACAAUAUAAAAAUUUUGUCUUAUAAAAAUGUAUAUACGACAAGCAUGUUUCCAAGAAAAAAUUUUAAGACGAAAAAUAAAUUAUUAUCAUUUUCUUAAAAAAAAAUUUAUAAUUUUAAAAUUUUGUGUUUGUUUUCUUAAUUUGUGAAUUAAAUUUUUUAUUUAAAUUAUAAUUGAAUGCAAAAUUUUGUAAAAAUUUAUUUAUAUUAAUCAGAGUAAAAAGAAAUAACUUGAUAUUGCGAGUUAAUGUUCAACCGUAAUUCAGUGUUUUUUCAGUGUACAGAGGAUUCAUCUCUUUUGUUUGAAAACUUUUCGAAAAAAAAGACAAUAUUCUUAAAUAUUAAUUGAAAAACAUAAUGAAAAUUGGUGCUUAUAUUACAAAGUAAUUAGAUUUUUUAAAUUUAAGUUAUAGAAAAACUAAUCUAUAUUUAUAUUUGUAAAAUUUUAAAUGAAUAAUAUAAAAAUUCGUUUAAUAUUAAUAAUAAUUAUUCGUUCAAAAGUAAUAUAAUUUUCUUACUAAUUUUCUUGAUCAUGAUUAACACAAAUU